AUGGGCAAUGAAUCUCAAAAUCUACCUGGGACAUUUUGGAGGACUGGGUCAGGAAAUUACUUGGCACAGAUAAGGCAGCAGACUACGGCAGAGAAGGAUGCUGAAGUUACCCGAGAGCAGUGGACCCAACAUUCUGAUGCUGUGAAGUUCCUGCGGGCUGAAUGGAGAGCCUCCAGCCUCCUGACUGUCUUCCCUAUUCUUAUAGCUGGAGAAAGAAGCACCCCAUCCGAUCACAUGGCAGUGCUUCUCCACCUGAUUCAAAGCUGCAGGCACGGCGACCCACACAGAACCUUCAAAGUCAAUCCAAUAGCAGCCCGAAGAUGUCUGGGUGUACGCGUGUGCUCAAGUGUCUGUGACUGCGAGCCGAGCGAGCAGAGAGCUGGAGACGAAGUGUGCGUGUAUGCGCGCGGAGGGGGGGGCGAGGGGGAGGCGCGCACGGGAUCGCGCAUUCGCGCGCGCACUGAAGCCGCUGGAAGAGAAGGAGGAGAAAGAGGAGGAGGAAGGUGGAGGAAGCGAAGAAGGAGGAGGAGGAGAAAGUGGCUCUCUGUGGCCGGUGGGAUUAAAAGUAGCCAGACUCGUCCAGAAAACUGCAUCCAGGAAGGAAGUGACAGAAGACGAAUGGAAAAAGGAGAGCAGCACACAGGCUUAGAAACGUCGCGGAAGACAACACGGGGAGCGGCGGCUCCCUGCCUCUGUCCCCGACGCUGCGGAGGACGCUUGGAGGGGACGCUCGACCGCCGCGCGCUUGCUCCCCCGGGAGACUGCGAGCCAGCCAGCAGGAAAGUCCUUCUGAAGUCGGGAUCUUCCCUCUGACCAAUAGGAGCGCGACCCUAAGAGCUGCUCUAGUGACUCCCCCCUCCCCGCUUUGGAUUCGCGGUAGCCACUUCAUUCUUGCUCCGGUCCGCGCGCGCCUCGGUUACUCACGCGUAA